GAGAAAAGCCAUAUGAAUGUUCACAGUGUAUGAAGAAGUUUUCUCAAACAAAUAGUCUGAAACCCCAUCUCAGAACUCACACAGGAGAAAAGCCAUAUGAAUGUUCAGUGUAUGAAGAGAUUUUCUCUUAAAUCCUCCCUGACAGAUCAUCUGCGAAUACACACAGGAGAUAAGCCAUAUGAAUGUUCACACUGUGAGAAAAGGUUUACUCAAAAGCUUUCUCUGACCCUUCAUCUCAGAACACACACAGGAGAAAAGCCAUAUGAAUGUUCACAGUGUAUGAAGAGGUUCUCUCGAACAAGUAGUCUGAAACUCCAUCUUAGAACACACACAGGAGAAAAGCCAUAUGAAUGUACACACUGUGAGAAAAGGUUUUCUCAAACGGGUAGUCUGAAACUCCAUCUCAGAACACACACAGGAGAAAAGCCAUAUGAAUGUUCACAGUGUAUGAAGAGGUUCUCUCGAACAAGUAGUCUGAAACUCCAUCUUAGAACACACACAGGAGAAAAGCCAUAUGAAUGUACACACUGUGAGAAAAGGUUUUCUCAAACGGGUAGUCUGAAACUCCAUCUCAGAACACACACAGGAGAAAAGCCAUAUGAAUGUUCACAGUGUAUGAAGAGAUUUUCUCUUAAAUCCUCCCUGACAGAUCAUCUGCGAAUACACACGGGGGAAAGGCCUUACGAAUGUUCACACUGUGCCAAGAGAUUUACAAAGAGAAAACAUCUAACCUACCACCUUAGAACACACACAAAGGAAAAACCAUUCAAAUGUCCACAAUGUAAGACAAUGUUUUCUCGGAAAGGUAGUCUGAAACGUCAUAUCAGAACGCACACUGGAGAAAAGCCAUAUGAAUGUCCACACUGUAUGCAAAGAUUUUCUUAUAAAAGGCCUCUUGACUGUCAUCUGCGAAUACACGCAGGAGAGAGGCUAUAUAAAUGUUCAUUCUGUUACAAGGAAUUUUCUGAGAAAUGUCAACUGGUUGAUCAUAUUUCAAUACAUACAGAAGAAAAGCCAUAUGAAUGUCCACUUUGUAGGAGGAUGUUUUCUCAACAAAGCGGACUAACCCUUCAUUUCCGAACCCACACAAGAAUGUCAGGAAAAAAGCCAUUGGAAUGUUCUUAUUGUUUGGAAAGAUUUGCUCAGAAGAGGACACUUGUUAGUCAUUAUCAUCAUUGCCAUCAAUCUCAAGUUGUAAAUUCGGUUUUGUCUCCGUGAAUGAGGUAUCUGGAUUCACCCGACACUAGCAGCAAUCGCCCCUCCUAUCACUUUGCCCAAUUCAGUGAAUCCUUCAUCAUCAACCUCAUCCUCCUGGCUCUCUUACAUUUGUCUCUUCCAUUUCUUCUGUGGCUGUCCCCUCCCCCUCGAACCACCCUCCUUGAACUCAAAGCCUUUCUUAGAACGUGUCUGUCAUCCCUCCCGAGCACGCGCCCAUACCAACGUAAUACAUUCACCUUAACCAACCGUUCCACUGUACUGUAAUGUUCUGAUUGACAUUAUCGGACUCGUCAUCUGUAAAGACAUAGUCAUGUGAUGUCAAUGUUGUAUGAGAGUAACCAACUGUAACCAUACUGUAAUGACCUGAUAGAUGUUAUCUGACUAGUCAUCAGGAAAGAGAUAGAGUCAUGCUAAUGUCUAUGUUGUAGGAGAAAAGCCAGGUGAAUGACCAUACUUGUCUUGAUGGCAUUUAUUUUCUCUCUUUUACUACCAGGAGAUACAUGUACCUUUGAAGAAAGGCAAGACUCACAAGGAGAAGGUAUGUCAAGUAUACAUGAUGAAAAUGAGUUACGAGGAAA